UUGCAUCAUGAGUGCGUCAGGCUUUUUCUGCACAGGCAGCGGUGAGGAAAGGGUGUAAAGGGUGUGGAACCAUCUGCCCCCUCCCUGCAGCUGUAGCAGGAGAGCUCCGAGCUCAGGGAAAUCUGCCUUGGAUCUGGCUGGGCUUGGGCCCCAUGGAACUCUGGUGAUCCCUGUUGCUCACACUUGUCACCAUGCUGGCAGAAGGAAUCCUAACGAGGUUCAUCUAUAAAGAAAGCUAUCAUCAAGAUAAGCCUCGCAAAUCUCCUGCAUCCCAAAAGGCUAAAGAGGGAAUCUGGAGACAGAAACUUGUAGACUUCCCAAAAAUUAAAGGCUUUGCUGAUGGAUGUGAGAAGCGGGAGGAGCUCUCUGCCAGAAGCAGCAAAGUGGAAGCCGGGAGCAGCCCCCGGUGGGGAUCCAUAGAAAAGGAACCUGCAGAAGAUGAGGAAAUGCUGGUUAAAGGAACUGCAUCCCCAGCUUUACAUAUCCCCAGGAGAGGAGGAAGCCUAGACCAGGUGGAUUUGUACAGAUCCUGGCCGUGCAACAGCAUUUACCAGAACUAUCCUGACCUGCAGAUCGGGGGGGACCGCGUGGGGGGCCACACGUGUGACUCGGGCUGUGUCCUGGACCAUGUGUGUGAUGACCUCCCUGAUGGCCCCGUCCUGCUCUCCAUAGACAUUCCCCUGGGGCAGUCCCCUCUGUGUGAGCAUCCUGAAAAGCCCAGUGGGAUGUCCCUGCCUGGAGAUGAAGCUGGAGAAAGGAGCCUCGUGCUCAGUGAGGAGCCCCUCUCCAACUCCGCGCUCAACAAAUACAUGGAAGCCAAAGUGGCAGAGCUCUACAAACAGUUUUUUGAAGAAAGCCUGGCCAGGUGUGGCUCCAUAACAAACCUCCUCAGCUGCAGCUGGAUAAGGAACAGCGUGGACCAGAUCAGUGUUCAGAUCUCCCAGGAGCAGAACAUAGAAACCUCCAAAGCCAGAGGAGCCCUCUUGCACUCGUUGGCUUUGUUCAGCUCCCGCCACACUCCCAACAGGCACAGCUCGGAGUUCAGCACCCCAAACCUCCAAAUCUCCAACAAAGGGAGUGCAAAAUGGAGCUGCAGGACAGGAUUCACAUCCUGACCGAGCUGCUCAGCUCGGGAGAGGGUUGGGAUUGGGGUACCAAUGUUUCACUCUAAGGAUUAGGUUGGGAAAUGGAAACGUUUGCACACUACACUUGUUCUAGUUAAUAUUUUAAGUCUUAAAACCCCUUUGGUAGCAGGGGAAGUAAAGGUCACUGUUUUCUAAUGGAGAAUUUGAAAUUAAUUUCUCUUCAA